UGGACGUGCCGAAAUGUACAGUUUUAUGGGCGGUGGUCUCUUCUGUGCGUUCAUGGGGAACGUGCUGCUGGUGGUGUCACUGGCCACGGACUACUGGAUGCAGUACCGUCUGUCAGGAGCCCUGGCACACCAGGGGCUCUGGAGGUAUUGUGUCAGCAGCAAGUGUUACCUGCAGACUGACAGCAUUGCCUACUGGAAUGCCACCAGGGCCUUUAUGAUCCUGUCGGCUCUGUUCUGCUUCGGCGGAGUGAUCGCUGGAUCCCUCGCUUUCGCCCACUUCCCCGUCUUCGAAAAGUUUAAUCGCUCGUUCGCCGCUGGGGUGAUGUUCUUCAUCUCCA